CUCACACAGGUUUACAAACGGCAAAGUUAAACAGUAAGCUGCCAGUGCGAGAAUGAAGAUCUUUGUGAGUUUUUCGCUGUGGCUGCUGCUCGGCGCCGUCUCUGCUGAAAAAAGUACCAACUAUCAGCUGCCUUUUCCUCAAGACAUCUACGCUGCGCUGAAACAGAUAACUGCCUCGUUGGAUCAACAGAAGGCAGACAUGAGCUUGUUGCAAAGAGAGACUCAAGAACAAGUAUCACAGCUGAAGACUGAAGUGGACAAGCUGAAGCAAGAACAGCAAGGCCGACAGGUUGCGUUCUCAGCCUCUCUGUCGGCUGGGGGCCCAGCAGUAACUUUAGGACCCUUUCCCUCGGCUCCUACCCUGGUCUUCAAACACGUUGUCACCAACAUCGGAAAUGCCUACAACUCAAACUCAGGUGUGUUCACUGCCCCGGUGAGAGGAGCGUACAACUUUGACUGGUCGAUCGGUGCACAUGCAAACAACCGCAAUCCUUCAGCUGCCUGGUUGGUCAAGAACACAGAGAAUGUUUUCAUUGCAUAUGAGUCUGAGCCAGCCGGUUUUAUGAGUUCUUCUAAAGGCGCUACGCUGCUGCUGGAGGUGGGAGAUGUUGUGUUUGUGCGUCUGGCGGGUGACACUAGGGCGUAUGACGACAUAAAUCACCACACCACCUUCAGUGGGUCUCUGCUGUUCACCAUGUAAGACAGAAACAGCAGCUCUGUGAUAGUCACGCAGGUUUUGUCUUCAUAGCACUUCAUAGAUUUUCUCUGAUUUCAUCUGAAUCUAAAUAUCAAUAAGUAAUAAUUGUCGACAGGAAUCUUUUUUCCUUCAAAUAUAAAUUGAUUAAUGUUUCUGAUUCUCUCUUGUGUCUGUAAUUUUAAUCAAAUAAUAAAGAUAUAUCAUUGCAAUUA